UUUUUUUAGUUUGUUAAUUUCUUCUCUUAUACGGAGACGACGAGCCUUCCUGUUUUUGAUGUUUUCGAAACCAGAUCAUUCUUUGGAGAAAUGGUUACUCGUUGUUACUGCUCCUAGUCAAGGAAAAAAGAAAAGGAAAGGAAAAAAAAAGAAAAAGAAAGUACUGGUUUAGUAGUUCUUUUUAUAUUUAAUAUAUGCAGCAGUGGGGGAAAAAAAAAAAUAAAAUAAAAAGGAAGAAGAACACUGGUCUCCUUCUGUAUAUGCCUGUCACAUUGCCAGUUUCCAUCUUCGUUUGUUUGUGAGCUAUCGAGAGUUCGAAGCUGGGUACUAUCUUAAUGAACUUUUCUUUUAUCUACGGGGCUUGUAAAUCAGGAAGAACUGGAACGUCUGUGCAGUUUAAGAGUCGCAGAGACAUGACUUGGGAAUGAAAGCUUUGUUCUUUGCUAAAUCAGCGAAGAAUUUCAUAUCAACUUUGAAAAUAUCUGCUGGCAGCUUUGGAAGUACAAGGAAUUGUGACUGCAUCUGGGGUUUUCUCAUUCUAUUAUGCCCUCAAGUUGAACUAAGAGCAUAAUUCUUUUGACUGCACUGAAGAAAUGGGUUGUGUAGCAUCGAAGAUUCAUAAGGAAGAGAGGGUGCAGAUUUGCAAGGAGAGAAAGAGGCUAAUGAAACAAUUGGUAGUGUUUCGAGGAGAAUUUGCAGAUGCUCAAUUGGCUUAUUUGAGAGCGCUGAAGAAUACUGGUGUAACCCUUAGGCAAUUCACUGAAUCAGAGUCAUUAGAGCUUGAAAAUACCUCUUAUAUCCAAGCAUUACCGCCUUCCCCUCCUCUUCCUUUACCUCCUUCGCCUCCACCACCGCCUACUUUUAGCCCUGAUUCAAGAAAGUCCACCAAUAAUCAGAAAGUAGACAUUGCUCAAGAAGAAAGCAUAAAAAUAGAUGAGUAUGAUUCUUCUCAAAUCUUCAGUUACAAUGACUGGGAUACUUAUUAUCCACAACAUCCGGGGAAGAACAAAAUGGUGGAAUCAGUAGGAGAGGAGGAAGCUUGGGCAGAGACUAAGACAGAAUUUGAGGAAGAAGAUCGGGAAGAGGAGAAUGUUGGGAUUGCGGUUUCUAAUUCACUUUCUCAGGUACAGAAGCCUUUAAAAUUGAUUGAUGAUGACUUAUCAAUGGUGAGCUCUUGUACUAAAGAUACUGCACAUAUGGCCAUGGUGCAGUGGAGAAGCAAGAAGACCUUGGAAGGUAUUGUUAAGGAGUUAGAUGAUUAUUUCCUUAAAGCAUCAGCAGGUGGAAAGGAAAUUGCUGUUCUCAUGAACAUUUCAAGAGGGGAUUCUUAUCUACCUCAGAAUUCCAAAGAAAAUAAAAGGAAGCGUAGUAAUUCUGCAAAGGUUUUCAGUGCUCUGGCAUGGAAUUGGUCUUCUAAGUCUCUUCAGUAUCCAAAAGAUGCUACUGAAGUUUAUAAUCCCAGUGAACCAUGCAAGCCUGGAGCCCAUUGCGUCACACUUGACAAACUAUAUACAGCAGAACAGAAACUUUACAAGGAAGUGAAAGAAGAAGAAAUUACCAAAAUAGAGCUUGAGAAAAAGACAAUGUUGUUGCUGAAACAAGAAGAAGAAAACCAUGACUGGACCAAGACUGAUAAAACCCGAUCGAUUGUUGAGGGUUUGGAGGCUGAUGUCAGAAGGCUUCAGCAUUCAAUAAGUAAUACUUGUUCGUCUAUAUUGCAACUUAUUGAUGUGGAGCUGUACCCUCAACUUGUCACAUUAACUUCUGGGUUGAAAAAUAUGUGGAGAACUAUGUAUGAGUGCCACCAGGUUCAGAAUCAUAUCUCUCAGCAGCUGAACCAUCUCACUGAUAAUCAAGAUACAGAAAUGACUACUGACGCUCAUCGCCAUGCCACAGUUCAGCUAGAAACUGAGGUCAAUUCCUGGUACAUCAGCUUCUGCAAACUUGUAAAAUCCCAACAGGAGUAUGUGACAACUCUCUGUAGGUGGAUCCAGCUAACUGACUGCCUUGUAAAUGACAAUCAGCAUAGUAGUUACUCAUCUGCAGUUUGUAGUCUGUGUGAGGAGUGGCAGCUUGCCUUUGAUAGAUUGCCUGAUAAGAUAGCAUCAGAGGCCAUCAAAAGCCUUUUGUCUGCCAUCCAUGCAAUAAUGCUGCAGCAGGAAGAGGAACACAACCUUCAUAAAAAAUCUGACAAACUUGAGAAAAGAUUGGAGAAAGAAUUGUUCUCCCUUGCUGAAAUGGAGAAAAAGGUUGAUUGGAGCUUUGCAGCUGGAGACACGCGAUCCGAUUUAAGCCCUAAACAUCCCUUGUCAAUUAAGCGUGCCAAAACUGAAGCCUUGAAGAUACGGGUGGAUACUGAGAAGACCAAGUAUUUGAACUCAAUCAAGUUUACAAGAGUUAUGACACUAAACAAUCUUAAAACAGGCCUCCCUAAUAUGUUUCAAGCAUUAAUGGGGUUUUCCAGUGCUUCUGCACAGGCCUUUGAGGCUGUUCAUAGCUGCAGCGGAACUGCAGUUGAUUGUGAUGCAUCAGAAAGCUCAAUGAGCUAAAUUGUUAAAAGAAUGAGAUGAAGUGAGAACUAGUUGCACUUUGUAGAGCCAUUUGGUCAAAUAUAUAGGCCCUAGUGCAAGUUCUUUGUGAAAUCCAAAGAUGGAGAUCAAGUUGUAAUAAAAUUUAAAUUUUGUUUAUAGUGACAAAUUAUUGUGUUUUCAAAAUUAUACUUGACAGAGUGGAGUUCUUGUGAUGUUUCUUGUGUAUUAGAAGUGCAACACCUUCAAUCAUAUUCAAGUGUAUUUUUUCUUU